AUGCUCAUUGUUACAGACGGAAGCAAAAUCGGAGGCAAAGUGGGGGCCGCGCUGUCGAUUUGGAAAGGGGACACAGAGACUAAGACCCGCAAACUUGCCCUGUCAAAUUACUGCACGGUCUACCAAGCAGAGCUGCUGGCACUGUGUGUGGCGACGACGGAAGUCAAGAAGAGUAAAAGCAAAUCUUUUGGAGUUUAUAGCGAUUCCAUGUCGGCCCUCCAAACCAUAACAAACUAUGAUAGCCCCCAUCCACUGGCAGUCGAGGCUAGACAAAACAUUAAAGCCUCGUUUCUCCACGGCAAGGCUGUAACCUUGCAUUGGAUAAAAGCUCACGCAGGGCUGAAGGGUAAUGAGAGGGCCGACGGACUUGCAAAGGAAGCCGCAGAAAACUCCAGAAAAAGACCAGACUACGAUCGCUGCCCGAUCUCAUUCGUCAAGCGAAGCCUACGAAUGACCACGCUUGAGGAAUGGAACCGGCGCUACACAAGCGGCGAGACGGCAUCCGUCACUAAGUUGUUUUUCCCAGAUGCAUUGGUGGCGUAUGUAAUAGCUGAGAAAGAGUACAGCCCCAGUAACAUACUCCAUCACAAAUCAUGA